ACCUACUCGAACUCAAACUCUAUACAUUCACGAACCAGCACCGCUCACCAUGCUCAGCUUUGCCUCUCGUCAACACUCACCCAUGUUCGAACCUUCCCUUACUAUUUGAACUCACUCACGACGACACUUGCCAACCCAAACUCGCGCAUGCUGCUCGUGACCACCGUGGCCACUGCUCACACUAUCGCACAUUCCCUUGCAACCACCAUUCUCGCGGCCUAAACUACAUUCCAGGAGCAAACUUCAUUCUUUAUCAGUCCCACAAGCCUAGGCACUCCUGUCUCGUGCAUUCAUUCAAGAUGGCAUCUUCCUCCGCUCUUAAGUGCUACAAAGCAAUUGUUGGCCAAUCUUCUAGAGGCCAAAAGAGGAAUGAGGAAUUAUAUUCCAACCGCUUCCUUACCAAGGAGCAUGAAAAGAACUUUGCUUGGGUUCAGAACCGAAGGCUUUUGAUGGAGAAGCCACUUGGCCUUUUACCUAAAGAAGUUCCCGAGUUCUUGAAAGAAUAUCUACGGAAAGGGUGGAAUAAUUUGGGGUUGUAUCCAGCUCCUGCGAACAUAGCUAUAGUGAAGGAGUUCUAUGCUAAUGCAAAGAAAAUACAUGAUGAAGAACCUUACCUAAGCUACGUUCGAGGAAGACGCCUCCCGUUUGAUGUAGAAAUUAUCAACUCAUUCUUGGGAACAAAAUGGGAAAUGGGCGACACACCAUGUCAGUAUGCCCAAUUAGUGAAGGACAAUGUUGAUUACAGGGAGAUAGACCAGGCCUGUGCAUCUCGUGGGGGGGGGGGGACUUUUACAUUGAAUAACCAACAACGGCCCACCAAAAUCCUUAGGCCCAACACCCCAUGCUCACAUCCUUCUAACAUCAAUAUGAACUGAUCUAUCAUCCUAUAUACCAUUGUCACUAGCAGAUCCUUGAAUGUAGGCUGGCUCAUUACAAAUGAAAUCCACCAGUGCGCUCAUGUCGCCAAGCCUAAGGCUCCUCUUGGGCACCCUUCUUUAAUCACCCAUCUGUGUCAAUUGGCUAGGGUUGAUACUUCUACUCCACCAUUCGAGAUGCCUCGUUUUCCGACUGACUUGGGCUAGUACACACAGUUUUUCCUACUAGGCGAGGGAGCCCCCGUUCCACCACCCAAACCACCACACGAUCGUCGUCAGCAGCCACCGACCCCUUCCCUUGAUGUAUGGCGGAUGAUGGAGUUACAAAUGCAGUCUUUGGACGUCAAGCUAGAUGCAUUCCAUCAGCUAGGAGUGGCACAUACUGAGAUGAUCAAAGAGGUGUCCUUAGCCAUGCCCAAGUUGCAUGUUUUGUCUGCUGAACAAGUUGAAGCCACAGUAGCGUGGCCUAAGGACCAGGCCAACCCUUUUAGAGGAGGCGGAGUGACUGCCGCUGCGAAUGAAGAAGAAGUUGAUGAUGAGGAGGAGCUUGAUGAUGAAGAGGAGUCCGAGAUGAUUCCUCUGCUACGAGCGAGGAUAACAUCUCAUGAGAUGCACUUAGAGGUUGAGAGAUAAACUCACCUUUUGCAGUACUUAUUUUGUGGAUAGUCCUGAUUUGAUUUAUGUUUUUAGAUUUCAGUUGUAGUUAGGAAAUUCUAUGACUUGUCAUAUUUGACUAAGAUGAUGCUUGUGAAUCCAUGAAUUGAAACACGUUGCAUGUUGAUAAUGAUGAUUUGUGUU